UUUUAUUUGAGAUUAACAAAUUAAACUCUUAUACCUUCUUCUUCUAGUGUUCCUGCGGGAUGGUGUUGUGUUUACGUGUUAGGAAGAACGUCCGUGAAUCACAGCAGCGCAUUAGCUAGCUUCUAAUUCUGUGUCAUAACCUCUGUUUUUCUUGCGUAACGUUGCUAGAAACCCACUUAACAUGUAGAAUAACCACGUUAAUAUUCAUAAUAAAGGUGCCGAAGUUCGAGGUGUGUUGGCUGUUAUUAGUUAAGGUUAAACUGUACCGUUACUGUAUUAGUAGUUUGUGCAUUACUGCUAUAAAAGCAGGCUAAUGAUGGCCGGUUAAUGAGACUGAAUGUAUCGAACUGUACCAAGGCACGGAACGUUCACGUGCAGGCCCGGCAGCAGGAGUUUACAGAUUGCAACACAACGUUCUGAAUCAGAAUUCUCAGCGUUCUAACUCCGAAUUCUCAGAAUUCGAAGUGUUGUCAGCAACGUUCUAAACAAACCUGCUGCUGUGGCUGCUGUCGUUGUGUAACUGUUACGGGUCAGUAAGUUAAUGACGUUAACAAAGCAACGUCCUCUGUACUGUACUUUAGCCGACCUCACGGUACUUUUUUAGGGCGUAGAGAGACCAGACAGACCCCCUCGCUCUCCACCCGCCACACUGUCAUCAUGAGUAAGCACCAUAGAAGACAGCAGCGAUGCGAUGAUGUCAACACAGUCAAUGAACACAUUGUCUGUUACACUUACCGUUGAAUAUCUGACUGACACAUAUUUAGUAAGAGAUAUUUUAAGUUAUAGAGCAGAACAAACAUGUUAUUGCCACACAUUGAUGAUGUCUGCAGCCGUAGAAAUGUCUAGUAUAGUCUGCGGCCGGGGGGAGUUUAUUGUAUUUUACUGUCACAAUGAAGGAAUCUGGGACAAUAGGACGUGUUGACGGUCGGCUGCGGGCCGAGCCGGUCCGGGCCGAUCCCUGAACCGACGGCUGAACUCCCGCUCCACUACACCCCGAAAUCGAGCUCACGUUGCGAUUUUCUCAACUCGAGUGGAUUAAUCCAACGUGCCAGCUACUACUGCUGCAUCCAAGCAUUAUGGUGAACAGUUAAAGACCUAUGAACAUAUUGACAGCCGUCAACAGUGAUAAUAUGCAAUCAAUCAAGCAAGAGGUGGACUCCAGUGAGUCGUACAGUGGAGAGGAUGCCCUGGUCCUGGCUUUACAAGGGGCUAACAGAGAUGCGACGGGCCACAAAAUCUCUGCAAUCCCGUUCAAGAGUAAAACUACCUGUCGCAGGAGAAGAGAGUUUAUCCCAGAGGAGAAGAAAGACAACCUUUACUGGGAGAGGCGUCGCAAAAACAACGAGGCAGCCAAGCGCUCCAGGGAGAAGCGGCGCGUAAACGACAUGGUGCUCGAGAACAAGCUGAUGGCCCUCGGAGAAGAAAACGCCUCGCUCAAGGCUGAGCUGCUGUCGUUGAAGCUGAAGUUUGGCCUGGUGAGCUUGGCAGCGUACGCCCAAGAAGUCCAAAAUAUAUCCAGCGCCGCCAAUAUCGACCUCUACCAGGAGUUUGUUCCACCCAAUGCCGACCAGAGUUCUUCCAGCAGGGUUUUGGAGCCUCUUCACGUACACAGCAGCUGCAUAUCGGUCAUCAAGCAUUCACCUCACAUGCCCGAGACAACUCAAGGCAGCUUUAGUAUCUGCAAGCAAGAACCAGCAGAGAACGGCAGCUAUGCACAAGAGAGGAGUAGUCCCUACGAACUGUAUAGAAACUACAUGGCCAGCCCUUUGUCCGGAGUCUACUCCCAGCCUGCUUCAUUCCUGCAGCUCGCGAGGUCGUCCAGUAACUCCCCCAGGAGCUCAGAUGAUGGCGCUGCAAGCAAAUCAUCAGACGGCGAGGACGAGCAGCAGGUGCCCAAAGGGUUGACGCCGUCUGUAGCUGAUCCAAGGAGCGUCAUCGUCUCCACGCACAAAGUGCCAGAUGCCAGUUGUUCGGCUUUGCCCCAUAAACUGCGGAUCAAAGCCAGAACCAUCCAAAUCAAAGUGGAGGCCAAUGACCCCGAGUACGAGUCCUCCGGAAAGUCCUCCUCUCCCGUCAGGUUUUCAGAGGGAGGAUACUACCAGACCGCUCAGGACUCUCCAGAGUACCCCCAGUCCUCCCCGUGCCCUUUGUCAUUACAGGUCACCAACAUGCAAGACUGGACCCACCAGUCCGAGCAGUGGCAUAAAAGCAGCACAGAAACGCUGCCCAAUCGCUUCCAACUUACCACGAGCCCCGUCUCAAACAUUGCGGACGUGAAAGAACACUCGGAUGCAGAGGACUCGUACCAGGGCCCCGCCGACCUGUCUGCAAAAGCGGUCUCUCUGAAAAGACCGAUCACAGCACAGCAAGGGUCCGUGAUAGAGUCGACCAAAAGCACAGCUGAUCAUCACGAGUCAUUAUCAAAAAGAUUUUCCUUUUGAA